CGAGCAGUCCGAAGGCGGAUGCCUGGUACAGCCUUCAAGCACCAGAAUGAAAACCAGGGUAGACACCAGAAUAGAUAGCAUCACAGCGAGGACCAGUACACCAAAGCUUACUGUAGGUUGUGCGAGUUACAUGUAUAUCAACCGGGGCCGAUCGACCGUCGAGUCCAGAUCGAAUUUGUUACCAUCACCAUCAUCUCCAACACCAUCUCCAACACCAACACAACAACACCUUCCACCACACGCCACGACUACAACACCGUCUCCAAACCACCCUCGACAGCACCACCAUCGGCGACAUAUCAACCCACCAGCUUCAGACAACAUCAUCCGGGCAGUUCUUUUUCGAUUAACCCCUGAACUCCAACGCCAAUAUCAACGCUUCCCGCCAAGCUAACACGCAGACCAACACUAACACCACAAGUCCACACAUCAUACUAACACAAUGAAGUGCCAGACUUUCGGUGCCUUCUUCCUGGCCUUUGCCCUGCCUACCCUGGCGGCGAACCUGGAGCAGCCCGCCGUCGAGACCGCCCAGGGCCCCGAAGUCGCCGUGCAGGAACAGAGCCAGGACCUGGAGCGCCGCAUUGCUCCUGUCAUCCCCAUCCUCACCACCAUUUUCGGCGGGCUCCUGGCCGGCAAGGGCAGGGGUAAGCGCGACCUCGACCUCGACGCGGCCGACCACGAGCUGGAGCGCCGCAUCGCUCCCGUGAUUCCCAUCCUCACCACCAUCCUCCCCGCGCUCUUCGCCGCCAAGGGGAAUGGCAAGCGCGACCUCGACGGGUCCAACGAUGCCGAGGCCGUCCUCGCCGAGCUGGCUUCCGCAAUCACCGCCGGCGCUGGCUCCGACGCCGCCCACCUGGAGCGCCGCUUCCUGCCCAUCUUUGCCCUAAUCAACAAGUUCCGCGGCCAGCGCAAGCGCGACCUCGAGGGCGUCGACCAGGCCGACGCCGAGGCGGCGCUGGCCGAGCUGGCCGACAUGAUCGAGGCCCAGUCCGACGCUUCGCUGGAGCGCCGCUUCUUCCGCUCCCCCAUCAACAACAUCCUCCCUCUGAUCCCGUCCAUCCCCAGCUUCUUGCAGUCCGGCGGCCAGAAGAACGCGCGCCGCUCCCUGGACGAUGAGGCCGACGCUCCCCUAGAGCGCCGCUUCCUGCCCAUCUUCACCCUCCUCAGCAAGCUCCGAGGCCAGGCUAAGCGGGACCUCGACGGCUCUGAUGCCGCCGGCGACGCCCACCUGGAGCGCCGCUUCCUGCCCAUCUUCUCCCUCCUCCAAAAGCUCCGAGGCCAGGCCAAGCGCGACCUCGAGGCCCCGGACGCCGCCGCCCUCGCCGACCUAGCCGCCGCCCUGACCGCCGGCGAGGGUGAGGGCGAGGCCGCGCUGCAGCGUCGCAUCGCGCCCGCCAUCCCCAUCCUCACCACCCUCCUGGGCGGCCUUUUCGCCAGCAAGGGCAAUGGCAAGCGCGACGUCGACGUUGAGGCCGACGCCGCCUUCGCCGAACUGGCCGCCGCCCUGACCGCCGGCGAGGGCGAAGGCGAGGCCGCGCUUCAGCGCCGCAUUGCGCCCGCCAUCCCCAUCCUCACCACCCUCCUGGGCGGCCUUUUCGCCGGCAGGGGCAAGGGCAAGCGUGACGUCGACGGCGCGGACGCAGACGCCGCUCUCGCCGCCGAGCUGGCCAGCCUGAUCGAGGCCGACCCUUCGCUGCUGGGCCGCCGCGACGACGAGGCCGCCGCCGCCGCCGCCGAGGAGCAGACGACUUCGUCGCACCUGUCGAGCGCCGACCUCGCCGAGGUCAUGGCCCCGGUGCUGGAGCAGGCCGUGGCGGGCGAGGUCGAUAAGCGCGACGAGUCGGUCGCUCGCAUGCGGGUCGCCCGGGGCAUCGUCGUCUAGGUUGUCUGCACGGUCUUCUUAUGGGCUUUCCCCCCAUGUCCUUUCAGCCUCUUCUUUUAACUUUCGUCGCUUG